GUCGAUCCUCGUCCCUGAUCCUAGCUGCGUCGCCGAUAUUCUCCUCCUCGAAGCUCUCUGUUUUUCCGCCCGCGGAAAAAUGGGAAGAACAUUGCCCAGCCCCGUCGAUUGCAAGGUCUGCGGGGAUCGAUCCUACGGGAAGCAUUACGGGAUCUACUGCUGCGACGGUUGUUCCUGUUUCUUCAAGCGAUCGGUGCGUCGCGGCGCAUUGUUCGCGUGCAUAGCUGGCACCGGGACGUGCGCCGUCGACAAAGCGACACGCAAUUGGUGUCCGCAUUGCCGUCUGAAGAAGUGCUUCACCGUAGGCAUGAACGCCGCAGCCGUGCAAGAGGAGAGAGGACCGCGCCACGUUCGAAGCAAGAUCUCGAUCAUCGAGGGAACAUCGCGAGUUCCUUUCCUAUCUAAAUCGCCGCGGAUGAAUCUUCCCGUUUCCGAUUCAGAGAUCUUAGCAUCGAAUUUCUCUGCAAAAUCAACGGCGAUUGGAAACGGGAGACCCGAUUUUAUUCCAUCAUCGACGGCGAGAAUCUCCGCGGGAUCCACGGCUCGCUACGAAAUCGCGGCUCAGAUAUUCCUCGCGACGGUGCGAGCCGCUCGACGACACCGCGAUUUCUCCACGCUCGCUCUCCAAGAACAAAAUGGAAUUCUCCGGAGAGGGUGGGCCGCAGCGUUCGUUCUACGCGCCGCGAUUUGGCCGGUGGAUCUGACGAGUUUCUGGAAGACGGAGGGUGUUUUAAUUCGCGAGGGUGUGCAGGAGGUCUUAGCCGCGGCCCGUUCCGCCGUCUCCGACUUGCGCCUCGAUCGAACCGAGAUCUCGGUUCUGGAAACCCUGUCCCUCUGCAGACCCGAGAUCGCCGAAACGACGAAUGGUUUCUGCGUGACAUCACGAGCAACCGAUUCGGCGCUAGAGAUCCUCGUCCGUCAUCUAGCCGCUAGAUCCUCCUCGCUAGCCGAGCGAUCUCGAAGAUUGGCUAAGAUCAUGCUGGUGCUUCCCAUUCUGACUGCUUGCUGUCCACGACAAUUGGCCACGGAUCUCUUUGCGCCCAUUAUCGGACACGUAGAUUUCGAAAAAGUAAUCGCCUCUGUUCGUUGAUCCUCUUCUUCUUCCUGG